UCCUGAGCGUCCUCGUCCAGCGGUAGACCGGGAUAACGCACAAGUCAUGACCCUCUCUCAGCAUGGAAGUCGGGGAAGUUACAUGUUGUCAUAGCAACAGCUGAGUCGACGCCGAAUUGUUUGUUCGUAUCCCGUCUUUGUAGAAGGUAGCGUAGCAUUUUACAUUGGAUAGAUUAAGUGUACGUUUAUUGACGACCGAUUAAGAAAAUUGGUCAAACAGCGAAAUGCACGGUUUAAUUAACAACUGGAACUAGAUAAACAUGGUUCAUUACGAUGUAAGGGUCGAGUGGAUCCGGGACCGGGUCUUCUCCUACUUCCAGUUACCAAGUCCUGACUGCUUUGAAGACUUGCUGAGUCGAGGCGAUGGAGAAGAUGAGCAGAGAAUAAUCGCCUUUCUGAACAGCGUUACCGAGGAGGAGACGGCCUCAGCGCUCCUCUUCGUAAGAGGGGUCCGGGAGGAGGAGGUCCAUGUAGAGGUCCCCGUCCCGGCCGACCACAGCCAGAAGGACUCUGGGAAUCCCACCAAGGAGGCAGAUGAGUUGGAUGAAGAAGAUGGACCUCCUUCCACUAGCUCUGAUCUCGAAGUGGUCUACCACCUGGAGCUCCAUGUCGCUGUGGACCGCGUUCCAGAGAGGUUCAUGACCUCCAGCCUGCUCUGCUUUCUCAGGAACACAAAGGAGACCGUGGUCGAGCCAUUAGACAUGAGUGAAGCCAACGAGAUGAUGCCACGCCUGAUAGAGGUCACCAUGCUGAGCGGACACCCACUGGUCAUGCUGAGGGACGUCCUCAACCAUGUUUACCUACCCCUGCUCUCUGUGAGCCAGCUGAACCGCCUCCCAGCGACAGAGGCGGAGGGAGACGGACCGCCAGAGUCCCCGGGGAUGUUGCUGAUGCGGGACGAGUUGCUCAACAGCACUCACAAGUUCCUGGGUCACAUCAAAACCACCCUGCAGCAGCUGGACGAGAGGAUAAAGCUGCACAUUCCUGAGAUGGACCUGGGAGAAGAGGUGGGUGUGUUGGUGUCGAGCCCAGAGGUGGUGGUUACGCUGGAGCAGUGUGUGAUGAACUGGCAAGCUCAGAUCACCAUCAUCAUCGAGGAGCAACUGAAGAAGAGGCCCCAGGCUCCCGGUCCCAUAGCGGAGAUAGAUUUCUGGCGGGAGCGGUCAGCGAUCCUCAGCGCUCUGAGUGAGCAGCUCAACCUGCCCGCGGCCAAGAGGAUCGUGGAGGUGUUGACUCAAGUGGACCCAGUGACCGUCCAAAACCUGGAGCUGUCUGUGGCCGAGCUCAACAGCUACUGUGUGGAGGCCGGACAGAACGUCCGCUUCCUCAGCACACUGGAGAGGCACUUCAAGAACCUGGCCACAGGAGCAGACUUCGGCGUGAUCCUGACCACCACCCCUCAGAUGAUGAACGGCCUCAGGCUGGUGUGGAUCAUCUCCAGCCACUAUAACAAGGACGAGCGCAUGGUCCCUCUGAUGGAGCGGAUUGCCUGGGAACUGGCCGAGCGCGUUAAGCGAGUUGUCAAUGUCCGUGUGCUGUUUAGAGACAAAAGGGAAGCGGCCAAGGCCAAGGUGCUGGAUGGAAAGAAGGUGUUGGACCAGUGGAAGGAGUGCUACUUCAAGACACGAGAGCUGAUUGAGUCUUCAGCCGGGGACCCUCGCUGGGAGUUUGACCGGAAGAGGCUCUUUGAGGAAACGGAAUACAUGGCCUCCAUCUGUCAAGACCUCCACAAUGUUCUGCAGAUCCUAGACGAGUUUUCUAACAUCUUUGGACCGGAGCUCAAGGCUGUGACGGGGGAUCCCAAACGUAUCGACGAUGUGCUUCGCCGGGUGGAACUCCUCGUUGUGCCCAUAGAGGAAGUGAGCUUCGAUCCAUUCAGCAUCAAGAAGAGGAGCCACUGGCACAUCAUCAUGCAAGACUUUGAUACAAAGGUUAUGGAUUUUGAAGAAGAAGUCAUCAGUUUCAUCGACCAGUCUUUCAAGAAGCUGCGUUCUGCCACAGCGGCGUUUGACAUGCUGCUGAAGUUUAAACACGUCCGGUCUAGAGAAGCUCUCAACAAACAGAUGAUGAAGAAGUUCGAUGACAUUCUUGCUCAGUAUUGCAAAGAGGUGGACAUGAUCAGUAGGAACUUUGAUGUCCACAAAGAGAAGCCUCCUUUGAAGAACCAGCCCCUGGUGGCAGGAGCGAUAUCCUGGGUGCGCCUUCUCUACCAGCGCAUCAAGAACCCCAUCCUGUGCUUCCAGGAGAUGGAGGAUCUACUGGGGAGUGAGGAGGGCAAGAAGGCGAAGGCCAAAUACCUGGAGGUUGGGAAGCGCAUGAGGGAAUAUGAGCUGCAGAAGUACGAGCGCUGGCGAGUCGAGACGGAGAAUAUCCUGCCCCUGCUGAUGAAGAGAAACAUACUGGCCGUGGCCGGUUCUGCUGCUGCUGUUGGAGGCGGCCAGGCCAAGAGAGAGAUGGAUCCUUCAACACAGGAGCUGGACAAGAACGUGACAUAUCAUCUAAACUUUGCCCCCAAGAUCAAGGAGAUCAUCUCUGAGACGAUGCGCCUCGAGCAUCUCGGGUUCUCUGUGCCUGAGCUGGCUCGCAACGUUGCUCUGCAGGGGGAGAAGUUCCUGCUAUUAUACAACGACGGGCUGACAGACCUGCUGAGCCGCUACAGCUCUCUGAUGGACAGCCUGAGCCAUCCUCAGUUCCUGCUGCUGCAGGACCACAUCCGGGAGCUGAGGAGAGUGAUGUACUUUGGUUCAAAGAAGCUCAAUUGGAACUCCUUGGGAAUUUCGGACUUCAUCACACGCGGAAUCCAAGCGACCUCCAAAUUCGAGUCUCUCGUGGUUCCCAUUCAGAGGAACGAAAGAGAAAUCAAGGCCAAGUUGCAGGCCAUGGAGAUGGCCAACCUCUUCAAGUUUCCAUCACCAGAUAAAUGCAGCCAAUUGCCAGGGGUGAAGGAGUUCUGUGAGGGCAUCGAACACGAGAGAACCAAGGAUCUGAAUGUGUUGACCAGGAAGUACUCUUCCAUUGGGCCUAUUCUCACCAAGGUGGAGAGUUUGAUCAUGCACACCAGCACUGGCAGAUCCAAGAACAUGGCAAAGUACUACAGCUUCUGGGAGCACAAGGUGUUUGACUCGCUGGUUCAGAUGGUGCAGAGGAACAUGCAGCUCUUCAACAAAGCCCUGAUGGGGAGCACCCCUCUCUUCCAGAUUGAGACCAUCCUGUCUGCCCCAGAGAUUCUUCUGCAGCCCAAAAGUAACGAGGUCUACAAGUUGAUAAUGAACUGUGUCAGGAACUGCGUAGACGGCACCAAGAGGUUUUCACGCUGGAUGCACGGCACCUGCUUGGAGUGUCCCCCGCAGGGCGGGGGCAGCGAAGAGCAGCUGCUCCCCCUCACCUUCUACAGCGAGGUGUGCCAGGUGCCGCGGAUCAGCGAGCUGGCCCUGAUGGUGUCCCAGAACAUCCAGCGGCUGCUGAGUGCGCUGGGCCACUACCUCAGCAGCUGGAAGCGCUACUACCCCCUGUGGAAGCUCGACAAGGAGGUCGCCAUGGCGAAAUUUGCCUCCAAAAAUCCACCUUGCGUCUCCUACGACGACAAGCUCCAGUUUUACACUAAGGUCCACCAGGAUGUGCUGACGGAGCCGCUGGUGAGGACGGAGCACGUGAUCCGGCUGAACCUGGCUCCUCUGGUCCACAUGGUGCAGGAGAACGCCCAGGCCUGGAUCAGCUCCCUGGGCCGGCUCCUGAACCAGUCCGCCAGGGAGGACCUCCUGAGCCUGAGGGAGGAGUUCACGCAGCUCUCAGAGAACCUGAAGCAGAACCCCAACAGUCUGGAGGACCUGAAGUCCGUCCUGGGGACCAUCUCCGACAUUCGGGCCAUGUCCCUCACGGUGGAUAUGAGACUGGCUGACAUCCAGGAGAAGUACAGGACCAUGGCCAUGUACAAAGUGGAGGCUCCAAACGAGGACCUAGAGCUGGUGGGGAGCAUCGGGCCCAUGUGGGACGCACUGCUAACCGAGUCCAAACUAGUGGAUCGAAGUCUGGGCGGCGUCAAGAAAACCUUCACAGAGAUCACCAAGGAACACAUUGAGGGGUUCACGCAGGAACUGUCCAUCUUCGCUGAGAGCUUUAACAUGCAUGGCCCCGGAGCUAUGGGGGACGACUUGGAGAAAGGCUUGGCUGUGAUGGACAAAUAUGAAGCAGAACUGGCCAAGAUGGAAGGAGGACGGCAGCAGCUGGCCAAUGCUGAGAAGCUGUUUGACUUGUCGUUCACCAUGUAUCCAGAGCUUCUGCAAGUACAAAAGGACAUGAAGGGUCUGAAGCUCAUCUAUGACACCUACAGAGCUCAGAAGGCGGCCAAGCUGGAGUGGUCCCAGACGCUGUGGGUGAACCUGAACCUGCAGGUGCUGCAGGAGGGCAUCGAUGGCUUCAUCCGGACCCUGAGGAAGCUGCCGAAAGAGGUGCGGGCGUUGCCUGUUUCCUUCUUCCUGGAGGGACGCAUGAAGGAGUUCAAAGAGUCCCUGCCGCUGUUGCUGGACCUGAAGAACGAGGCGCUCAGAGAAAGACACUGGAAAGAGCUCAUGGAGAAAACUGGGACGAGCUUCGACAUGAACCCUGAGACCUUCACCCUGCAGCACAUGUUCUCCAUCGAGCUGCACAAGUACGGCGGCGUCAUCGGCGACAUGGUCACCGCCGCGGUCAAAGAGCUCAGCAUCGAGAAGGGAGUGAAGGAGGUGGUGGAGACCUGGGAGAUGAUGAAGUUCAGCGUGCUGCGCUACUUCAAAGGCACCCAGGAGCGCGGCUCAAUCCUGGGCCCCGUGGAGGAGGUCCUGCAGUGCCUGGACGACAACUCCAUGAACCUGCAGAGCAUGGCGGGCAGCCGCUACGUGGGCCCCUUCCUGUCCACCGUCCAGCAGUGGGAGAAGCACCUGUCCCUCAUGGGCGAGGUCAUUGAGGUGUGGAUGCUGGUGCAGAGGAAGUGGAUGUACCUGGAGAGCAUCUUCAUCGGAGGGGACAUCCGCUCACAGCUACCGGAGGAGGCCAAGAAGUUUGACCACAUUGAUAAGAUGUUCAAAAAGAUAAUGGUUGACACAGUGAAGGACCCAGGAAUCAAGCGCUGCUGCCUGGUCCCCGACCGCCUGGCCGACCUGCAGGGCCUGAGCGACGGCCUGGAGCGCUGCCAGAAGAGCCUGAACGACUACCUGGACUCCAAGCGGAACGCCUUCCCCCGCUUCUUCUUCAUCUCCGACGACGAGCUGCUGAGCAUUCUUGGAAGCAGCGAACCUGCGUGCGUCCAGGAGCACAUAAUCAAGAUGUACGACAACAUCUCGUCCCUGCGAUUCGACGUGGGCGCCGGGGGGGAGAUGGCGGCCGGCGCCUUGGUGUCUGCCGAGGGGGAGGUGAUGGAGCUGAGGAAGCCGGUGGCAGCCGAGGGCAGGGUGGAGGAGUGGAUGACCGGAGUCCUGGUGGAGAUGAGGAGGACCAAUCACCUCAUCACCAAGGAGGCCCUCUUCCACUACUGUGAAGACAGGAGCAGGGUGGACUGGAUGCUGCUGUACCAGGGCAUGGUGGUCCUGGCUGCCAACCAGGUAUGGUGGACCUGGGAGGUGGAGGACGUCUUCAAGAAGGUAAAGAAGGGAGAGAAGAUGGCGCUGAAAAACUACGGCCAGAAGAUGCACCAGCAGAUCGAUGAGCUGGUGACGAGUAUCACCAGGCCCAUGAAGAGCAACGACCGCCGCAAGAUCAAUACUGUGCUCAUCAUCGACGUCCACGCCAGAGACAUCAUCGACAAGUUCAUCAGGGACAGCAUCAUGGACGCCCGGGAGUUUGAGUGGGAGAGCCAGCUGCGCUUCUACUGGGACCGGCAGCUCGACGACCUGUCAGUGCGCCAGUGCAGCGCGACCUUCCGCUACGGCUACGAGUACAUGGGUCUGAACGGCCGGCUAGUCAUCACCCCUCUGACCGACCGCAUCUACCUCACCCUCACGCAGGCCCUGUCCAUGUUUCUGGGCGGAGCUCCGGCAGGACCAGCAGGAACGGGGAAGACAGAGUCCACCAAAGACUUGGCCAAGGCCCUUGGCCUGCUUUGUGUGGUGACCAACUGUGGAGAAGGCAUGGACUACAUGGCUGUAGGGAAGAUCUUAUCCGGCCUGGCCCAGUGUGGCGCCUGGGGAUGCUUCGAUGAGUUCAACCGCAUCGAUGCCUCCGUGCUGUCCGUCAUCUCCUCCCAGAUCCAGACCAUACGCAACGCUCUCAUCCUGCGCCUCACGCGCUUCCAUUUUGAGGGCCAGGAGAUCAGCCUAGACGCCCGCAUGGGGAUCUUCAUCACCAUGAACCCGGGAUACGCCGGGAGGACAGAGCUGCCCGAGUCGGUCAAGGCGCUCUUCAGGCCUGUGGUGGUCAUCGUUCCGGACCUGCAGCUCAUCUGUGAGAUAAUGCUCUUCUCUGAGGGCUUCAUGCUGGCUAAGGUUCUGGCCAAGAAGAUGACGGUUCUUUACAAACUGGCCCGCGAGCAGCUUUCCAAGCAGUCUCACUACGACUUCGGCCUGAGAGCCUUGAAGUCUGUGCUGGUGAUGGCUGGAGAGCUAAAGAGAGGAUCUCCAGAUCUUCAUGAGGACAUGGUGCUGAUGCGGGCCCUCAGGGACAUGAACUUGCCCAAGUUUGUGUUUGAGGACGUGCCUCUGUUCCUGGGGCUGGUGUCAGACCUGUUCCCGGGGCUCCACUGCCCUCGCGUUCGAUACGCCGACUUCAACGGCGCCGUGGAAAACAGCCUGGAGGAGAACCGGUUCAGCAUCCUGCCUGACCAGGUGGACAAGAUUGUGCAGAUGUAUGAGACCAUGAUGACCAGACACACCACCAUGGUGGUGGGCCCCACAGGCGGGGGCAAGUCGGUUGUGAUCAGCACCUUAUGCCAGGCUCAGACCAAGCUAGGAAGACUCACCAAGCUGUAUGCACUGAACCCCAAAGCCAUGAGCGUCAUCGAGCUGUACGGCAUCCUGGACCCCGUCACGCGGGACUGGACCGACGGCAUCCUGUCCAACAUCUUCCGCGACAUCAACAAGCCCACCGAUAAGAAGGAGAGAAGGUACAUCCUGUUUGACGGGGAUGUGGACGCCCUGUGGGUGGAGAACAUGAACUCAGUGAUGGAUGACAACAGGAUCCUCACUCUGGCCAACGGGGAGAGGAUCCGCCUACAGGCACACUGUGCCCUGCUCUUCGAGGUCGGAGACCUGCAGUACGCUUCCCCGGCCACCGUGUCGCGCUGUGGGAUGGUUUAUGUGGAUCCCAAAAACCUGCGCUACGCCCCCUACUGGCACAGGUGGUUAGGCAGCAGGCCAGUGCAGGAACAAGAACAUCUGAACAAGCUCUUUGACAAAUAUGUGCCCAUGACCAUAGACAUGAUAGUGGAAGGGGUGGUCGAUGGCAAACAGGGGAGUAAACUGAAGACCAUUGUGCCCCAGACAGAACUCAACAUGGUGACCCAGCUGUCUCUGAUGCUGGAUGCUCUGUUGGCGGCUGCUGAGAGCCCCAGCCCAGAGGCCCUGGAGUGCUAUUUCCUGGAAGCCCUCUGCUGCUCCCUUGGAGCGUCCCUAUUGGACGACGGCAGGAAGAAGUUUGAUGAGUUCAUCAAGACGGCGUCCUGUCUGAGCCCGGUCCAGGAUGAGACGACCGGGGCCGGGCCGGGGGAGAUCCCAGGCUAUCUCCCCACCCUGUUUGACUUCCACUUCGAUGGAGCACAGCAGAAGUGGGUUCCCUGGAGCUCCCUGGUCGGCAGUUACGUCCACGACCCCGAGGUCAAGUUCAUCCAUGUUUUAGUGCCCACUGUGGACACCACGCGGGCCGGCUGGCUGUUGGAGCAGAUGGUGAAGAUCAAGAGACCGGUGGUUCUAGUGGGGGAGUCUGGCACCUCCAAGACAGCUACCACACUGAACUUCCUGAAGAGCCUCAGUGUGGAGACCACGACAACCCUCGUCAUCAACUUGUCAUCGAGGACCACCUCGAUGGACCUGCAGAGGAACCUGGAGGCCAAUGUGGAGAAGAGGACCAAGGAGACGUACGGACCUCCAGUAGGAAAGAGGUUGCUGGUCUUCAUCGAUGACCUGAACAUGCCGAGGGUAGACGAAUACGGCACCCAGCAGCCUAUCGCCCUGCUGAAGCUGCUGCUGGACCGGGGGGGCAUGUACGACCGCGGCAAGGAGCUGAACUGUAAGCUGCUGAAGGACCUGGGCUUCAUCGCCGCCAUGGGCGAGGCGGGAGGGGGGCGCAACGAGGUGGACCCGCGCUUCCUGUCCCUCUUCAGCGUCUUCAACAUCCCCUUCCCCCAGGAAGAGGCGCUGCACCUCAUCUACGCCUCCAUCCUCAGGGGUCACACCAAGCCCUUUGAUGAGACCAUCCAGAAAGUUUGUGACAAGGUGACCUUCUGCACCCUGGAGCUGUACAAGGCCAUCAUCAAAGACCUCCCACCCACGCCCUCCAAGUUCCACUACAUCUUCAACCUCAGGGACCUGUCCCGUGUCUACAAUGGCCUCACGCUCACUAACGCUGAGAGGAUUUUGACCGUCACCCAAUUUGUGCGCGUUUGGAGAAACGAGUGCCUGCGUGUCUUCCAUGAUAGACUCAUCAAUGAAAAAGACAAAAGCUUGGUCCAAGGCCAUUUGAAGGACCUGAUUGAAGAGCAUUUCAAAUCGGACCUCGAGGCCGCCAUGAGAGACCCCAUCCUGUUUGGAGACUACAGGACGGCCCUCAACGAGAGCGAGCCCAGGGUGUACGAAGACAUCCAGGACUACGAUGCCGCUAAGGCCCUCUUCCAGGAGAUCCUCGAGGAGUACAACGAGGCCAAGUCAAGGAUGAACCUGGUUCUGUUUGACGACGCCCUGGAGCAUCUGACCCGGGUGCACCGCAUCAUCCGUAUGGACCGCGGCCACGCCCUGCUGGUGGGGGUGGGGGGCUCGGGGAAACAGUCGCUCACCAAGCUAGCUGCCUUCACUGCCGGAUGCGAGGUGUUUGAGAUCACUCUGAGCCGAGGCUACGCUGAGGCCAACCUCCGCGAGGACCUGAAGAUCCUCUACCUGAAGCUGGCCAUCGACAACAAGAAGACCGUCUUCCUGUUCACCGACGCCCACGUGGCCGAGGAGGGCUUCCUUGAGCUGAUCAACAACAUGCUGACCUCUGGCAUCGUACCUGCUCUGUUCCCCGAUGACGAGAAGGAGGCGCUCCUCAACCAGCUCCGGGACGAGGCCCUGAAGAACGGCGCCGGGCCGUCCAAGGAGAGCCUGUGGCAGUACUUUGUCAACAAAAGUGCAGACAACCUGCACAUCGUCCUGGGGAUGUCCCCCGUGGGGGAGACGCUGCGCACACGCUGCAGGAACUUCCCCGGCCUGGUAAACAACACCGGGAUAGACUGGUUCCUGCCAUGGCCGCCGCAGGCCUUACACGCAGUGGCUUACUCCUUCCUGGGAGAAAACCCCAUGGUCCCGGAGUCCCACUCGGAGGCAGUGAUCGCCCACGUGCGCAUGGUUCACGAGUCUGUGGGAGAAUACAGCAAGAUGUUCCUGCAGAAGCUCCGGCGCAGCAACUACGUCACUCCAAAGAACUACUUGGACUUCAUCAGCACCUACGUCAAGCUGCUGGAGGACAAGGACAACUUCAUCCUUGCUCAGUGCAAGCGUCUGGAAGGAGGUCUGGAUAAGCUGGAGGAGGCGAGCGGUCAGCUCGCUGAACUCAACACCAAGCUGGCCGAGCAGAAGGUGGUCCUGGCCGAGAAGUCCAUCGCCUGUGAGACGCUGCUGCAGGAGAUCUCCACCAACACCGCCGUGGCCGAGGAGAAAAAGGUGCUGGCGGAGGACAAGGCCAAAGAGAUUGAGGAGCAGAACAAGGUGAUCGCCGUGGAGAAGAAGGACGCUGAGAGCUCCCUGGCCGAGGCGCUUCCGGCCCUGGCGGCGGCCCGCGGCGCCCUGCAGGACCUGGACAAGUCAGACGUCACUGAGAUCAGAUCCUUCGCCAAGCCCCCCAAACAAGUGCAGGUGGUCUGCGAGUGUAUCCUGGUGAUGAGAGGCCACAAGGAGAUCAGCUGGAAGGCCGCCAAGGGCAUGAUGUCAGAGGCCAACUUCCUCCGCUCGCUGAUGGAGAUGGACUGUGAUGCCAUCAACUUCAUCCAGGUUAAGACCGUCAGAGGUUUCCUCAAACACCUCAACACCACCUUUGAAGAGAUGCAGGCCAUCAGCCGGGCGGGGUCGGGGAUGCUCAAGUUUGUGGAGGCUGUGAUGGGCUACUGCGACGUCAGUAAGGAGAUAAAGCCCAAAAGAGAGAAGGUGGCUCGUCUGGAGAGGAACUUCUUCCAGAGCAAGCGGGAGCUGGAGCGCAUCCAGAAGGAGCUGGUGGCGCUGCAGAGGGAGCUGGGGGCGCUGGGGGACCGCUACGACUCGGCCAUGGGAGAGAAGCAGCUGCUGCAGGAGGAGGCUGAGAUCAUGGAGAGGAGGCUGAUCGCUGCUGAUAAACUCAUCUCUGGCCUGGGCUCCGAGAACAAGCGCUGGAGCGUGGACCUGGUGGAGCUGAAGCAGCGGCGGGUGCGUCUCCUCGGAGACUGCCUCAUCGGCGCCGCCUUCCUGAGCUACGAGGGAGCCUUCAGCUGGGACUUCAGGAACCAGAUGGUGUACGAGGUCUGGGAGGAGGACGUGCGGGAGAGAGGCAUCCCCCUCAGCCAGCCCUUCAGGGUUGAGGUGCUGCUCACCGAUGAGGUGGAGAUCAGCAGGUGGGGGUCUGAAGGCCUGCCUCCAGACGAGCUGUCGGUCCAGAACGGCAUCCUGACCACCAGGGCCAGCCGCUUCCCCAUGUGCAUCGACCCCCAGCAGCAGGCGCUUAACUGGAUCAAGAAGAAGGAGGAGAAGAACAACCUCAAGAUCUCCUCCUUCAACGACCCAGACUUCCUGAAGCAGCUGGAGAUGGCCAUCAAGUACGGCUUCCCCUUCCUGUUCCAGGGCGUGGACGAGUACAUCGACCCCGUCAUCGACAACGUCCUGGAGAAGAACGUGAAGGGCGCCGAGGGGAGGCAGGUCAUCGUGCUGGGAGACAAGGAGGUGGACUAUGACCCCAACUUCAGGCUCUACCUCAACACCAAGCUGUCCAACCCCAAGUUCUCCCCGUCCGUGUUCGGGAAAGCCAUGGUCAUUAACUAUACAGUGACCCUGAAAGGCCUAGAGGACCAGCUGCUGAGCGUGAUCGUGGGCUUUGAGAGGAAGGAGCUUGAGGAGCAGCGGGAGCGGCUGAUCCUAGAGACCAGUGACAACAAGAAACUGCUGAAGGAGCUGGAGGACUCCUUGCUGCGAGAGCUGGCCACCUCCAGCGGCAACAUGCUGGACAACACGGAGCUGCUGAGCACCCUGGAGGAGACCAAGUCCAAGGCCGGCGAGGUGUUUGAGAAACUAAAGCUAGCUCAGAAGACGUCUGUAGACAUCGACAAGCUGCGCGACGGCUACCGCCCUGCGGCCAAGUGCGGCGCCAUCUUGUUCUUUGUGCUGGCGGAGAUGGCGGUUGUCAACAGCAUGUACCAGUACUCUCUGGCCGCCUACCUGGACGUCUUCAAUCUCUCGCUGCGCAAAUCCAUGCCCGACUCCAUCUUGCCCAAGAGGCUGAAGAACAUGAUGGACACCCUGACGCACAACGUCUACAACUACGGCUGUACGGGGCUUUUUGAAAGACACAAGCUGCUCUUCUCCUUCAACAUGACGGUGAAGACGGAGCAGGCCGAGGGCCGGGCCCCGCAGGAGGAGCUGCACUUCUUCCUGAAGGGCAACCUGUCCCUGGAGAAAAGCCAGCGUCAGAAGCCUUGCCCCUGGCUUCCAGACCAGGGCUGGGAGGACAUCGUGAGGCUGGCAGAGCUCUUCCCUGAGCAGUUUGGCUCUCUGCCCGAUGACGUGGAGCAGCACCCGGGCCAAUGGGAGGCGUGGUACGACCUGGAUGGCCCGGAGCAGUCCGCUCUCCCCCUGAAGUACCAGGAGAACCUGACGCCCUUCCAGAGGCUGCUGCUGCUGCGCUGCUUCCGGCUGGACCGAGUAUACCGGGCAGUCAGCGACUAUGUCAGCACCACCAUGGGCCCCAGGUACGUGCAGCCUCCGGUGAUAAGCUUCGAUGCCAUCUAUGAGCAGAGCAGCCCCAACUCCCCCAUCGUGUUUAUCCUGAGCCCUGGUUCCGACCCCGCCAGCGACCUCAUGAAGCUGGCCGAGAGGUCGGGCUUCGGGGGGAACCGCCUCAAGUUCCUGGCCAUGGGUCAGGGCCAGGAGAAGGUGGCGCUGCAGCUGCUGGAGACGGCCGCGUCCCGGGGCCAGUGGCUGAUGCUGCAGAACUGCCACCUGCUGGUCCGGUGGCUGAGGCAGCUGGAGAAAUCUCUAGAGAGGAUCACCAAGCCCCACCCGGACUACCGCCUCUGGCUCACCACAGACCCCAUCCAGGACUUCCCCAUCGGCAUCCUGCAAAAAGCCCUCAAGGUGGUUACGGAGCCGCCCAACGGGCUGAAGCUCAACAUGAGGGCCACCUACUUCAAGAUCUCCCAUGAGACGCUCAUGUCUUGCCAGCAUCCGGCCUACCGCAGCCUGGUCUACGUGCUCGCCUUUUUCCACGCCGUGGUGCAAGAGCGCCGCAAGUACGGCAAGAUUGGCUGGAACGUGCCGUACGACUUCAACGAGUCUGACUUCCAGGUGUGUAUGGAGAUCCUGGAUACGUAUCUAACUAAAGCCCACAACCAAGGAGAUGCAGAGAUCCCCUGGGAAAGCCUGAAGUACCUAAUUGGAGAGGUGAUGUACGGAGGCCGCGCCAUCGACAGCUUCGACCGCAGGAUCCUCAAUGUCUACAUGGACGAGUACCUAGGAGAUUUCAUCUUCGACGUCUUCCAACCCUUCCACCUCUUCCACAAUCGGGAUGCAGACUACAAGAUCCCUCCCCAGGGGCUCAAAGAUACAUACGUUGGAGAGAUCGAGUCCCUGCCGUUGGCCAACACCCCCGAGGUGUUUGGGCUGCACCCCAAUGCGGAGAUAGGAUACUACACUCAGGCAGCCAGAGACAUGUGGACCCACCUCAUAGAGCUGCAGCCUCAGACAGGGGACACUGGAGGAGGCAUGAGCAGAGACGAGUACAUCAGCCAGGUGGCCCAGGACAUCCAGAACAAGCUGCCCGCUGUGUUCCAGCUGGACGUGCUCCGGAAGAGGCUGGGCCUGGACAUGUCGCCCACCUCCGUGGUCCUGCUGCAGGAGCUGGAGCGCUUCAACAAGCUGCUGGUCCGCAUGGGCCUCUCGCUGGCCGAGCUGCAGAGGGCGCUGGCCGGCGAGGUGGGCAUGAGCAGCGAGCUGGACCAGGUGGCCCGGGCCCUGUUCAACGGGAACAUCCCAGACAUCUGGAGGAAGCUGGCGCCCGACACCCUGAAGUCCCUGGGGAACUGGAUGCUGCACUUCAACCGGCGCUACUCGCAGUACAGCAGCUGGGUGGAAGAGGGAGAACCCAACGUGAUGUGGCUGUCUGGACUCCAUAUCCCAGAAUCCUACCUGACCGCUCUGGUCCAGGCCACGUGCAGGAAGAACGGCUGGCCUCUGGACCGCUCCACGCUCUACACCCAGGUCACACGGUACCGCAGUGAGGAGGAGGUCAACGAGAGACCAGGACAAGGGUGCUUUGUGUCUGGCCUGUAUCUGGAAGGGGCCGACUGGGACGUGGAUGAGGGCUGCCUGGUCAGGAGUAAGGCAAAGGUGCUGGUGGUCCAGCUGCCCGUCCUCAAGGUCAUCCCCAUCGAGGACCAUCGUCUGUCUCUGCGGAACACGCUGCGGACCCCGGUCUACACCACGUCCAUGCGGAGGAACGCCAUGGGGGUGGGGCUGGUGUUUGAGGCGGACCUGUCCACCACCAAACACAUCUCCCACUGGGUGCUGCAGGGCGUGUGUCUCUGCCUCAACUCAGACUGAAGGCACACACGCACACACACCUGUACAAUUGUUUAAUCCGUAUGUUUGCAAAAAGCGUUUUUAAGAAUAUUUAAUGUGCAUCUUUGGUAAAUGUGGUUAUUUAUUUACACUUGGGAGUGAGGUUAAAACUAUACAACAUUUCGCUAGAUGGCAGCACUGCAUUGUUUUUAGAAGCUUUGGCACUUGCAAUGUUUUCGUUACGUUUUAGAAGAUUCGUCAGGGCCCCAGAGUCAACAGUUUAAUAAAAUAAAUGAAAUAAAUCAAGUAACCCUUUAUUAAUGGUUUGAGCUUCUGAAAUAUAUCUCUCAUCGACCUUGUUUGGAAGAUUUGUGCUCAAAUGCGCUCAAUCAGCUGCCACAUAACAUCUCAGUCAACCCAGAGUGAUGAUGGUUCAUAAGAACAGCACGCCGUUCCCUGGUCUCCUCCUCGGAAGUGAUAAGAGACCAGAGA